GCUGGAUCUCGUCUCGUUCGCAUCGUCUCGCUCUCUCGUCUCUCGCUUCUGUUGAGCUCAAGGCUGACGUGAUUCCGUCAUGAUCACGUCCGGCGGUGCGAAUCAGUACCUCAGGCCCGAAUACCUCUCGCCCCUCCCCACCACGUUGGACGCCAAGAAGAGCCCCUUGGCACUCUUGGCCCAGACAUGCAGUCAGAUCGGGGCAGACAUGAGCAACAGCAAGCCCAUCAUUCCCCCGAUAGAGAAGAAGAAAGAUGGGGCGAGCUCCGGAGAUCGGAAGGGGAGGAAUGGCUCGCCCCAUAUCGAUCCGAAACGAUUGCCGGAAGACCAGUCCUCGACAUCCGGUGAGGAAGAGGGACGUCAACUGGAUGACGCCAACUAUCGAGCGUCACCUGACGGUAACAACAACAACAAAUCUUCGGCCGGAAGCCCAAAGGCCUCUGCGGCUGCACCGACGGAUCUCUCUUUCAAGUCUUCCUCCUCCGGCAAGGAUUCUCCGCGCGAGGACGGAGGUGGGAAGAGUUCGCCUGCCUCCAGUCGACAAUCCCCAUCCGCGAAGACCGCGGAUGCGUCCAUCACCUCCCCCUACAGUCGCCACCUGGGAUCCCUGGGUGGGUACAACGGUCUCGGCUUUUUUGGGUUCCCGACCGUGGAUACCAGCCUCCAUCGGAGCCUGGCCCCGUUCUCGCAGGGUUACAGUCCUCUUUUGAGUCCCUACGCCCGAUUGAAGACCGGGGACCUCGCCUGCCGAGAUCCAUACUGUACGGGGUGUCAAUUCAUGGGAGCGCAACUUCUUGCAGCCGCGGCUGCCGCCUCAUCCAACAACGGCUGUCCGCGAGACUGUACCCAAUGCGAGCGCCACAAGGCUGCAGCCGCCCCGACGCCAUCCAUCCUCGCCCACCGCCCCUACGUCUGCAACUGGAUCGUGGGUGAGACGUACUGUGGGAAGUGCUUUGCGUCGUCGGAAGAACUGCUGCAGCAUCUGCGGACCCACACGAGUCCUACCACCAGCGACAGUGCCGCGUCCUUGCCCCUCUUCCCUUCGCUCCACCAUUCGUUCAUGAAUAACCCCCUGUAUCGGUAUUCCCAGCUGAGCAUGGCUCGGUAUCACCCUUACGCGAAGCCCCCCGGUGUCGUGGCACCACCACCGCUGGCACCCCACCCAGCCCUGGGUUCCCUGUAUCCUCCCCUCAGCUUCUUCCCUCCCCGUUGAAUUACCGCCAUCGUGCGUAUAUUUGUGUACCCUCAUAUCAAGAUUGUGAUGUCGAGAGAGCACCAAAGGAAGCGAAGUGAGAAGGAAUUCUUGGCGAUUUCCUAGUCUUCGAUUCGCACGUUCCGUCGACGUCUGACGGAACUUGGAUGUGAUAAACCUCUUCUUUCUCAUUUCACCAACCGGAGAAGAAAAUUUGAAUGAAAUUCUUUUUCUGUCGUGUUUCCAUAUGACAAUCAAGACCUCUUUUGCUUGACGGGAUCACUUGUAGAUCGUUGUUGGAUUUCUUUCUGCCCUCAGUGCAAUAUUGUAAUCUCGAAGGAUAUUCCCUUAAUAAAACCUCACAUCUUAAAGGA